AUGGAAGUAGGACCUGGCAUUCCUCGGAGGUGUCCGUGUGGAGCAGCGACAGUGGUACUAACAUCGAAAACCAAGGAGAACCCUGGCCGGCGGUUCUACAGAUGCGGGGUAGUUUUUGGGGAAAAUCACGUGUUCAAGUGGGCUGAUGAUGCCGUGCUUGAGGAGAUAGAAGCACUAGCGGUAAAGCAGUCGGUAAUGGAGAAUGAACUGAUUGAAAUCAAGGAACAACUUCUGGAUAUUAAAAAAGAUAUUACGGAGAUUGUUCAGGUGGUUGCGGCAUUUUCUUCCAAACUUCAAAAGUAA